AGUCAUAGUGGGCAGAGCCAAUCACGAGCUAGCGAGACCCUAUUGGUGCCUUAUAACCUAUAUUUGCAUAUUUCCGUUAGGGAACGUCUACUCUGCGAAGUGCGCGUAUACAACAACGCAUUUAAAAAAAAACUUUGGCAAGGGGUAGAGUCUAAAAAAUUACUCGACUCUUUUCGUAAAAUAUUAUAGUUUUGGGAACAGACAUUUUUUUAAUCGAUGAGAAAAUGUGCAGAAUGUCGGACAAAAGCCAUCUCGUUCCAUCUUCUACUGCCGGCUAAUGGGCUUCCUCUCAAGUGGGUGGAACCGCCAAGCGGAUGCUUCACAUUUCUUCAUCCGGUGAAAUAGCUGUCUCAUUGUUUUGUCUGUGACAAGACUUUAUGGACAGGUCUCGAGACCAACACCCAGAGGUGGAGAGAAUGAGCCAGAAAGAGGGUCUGAGGGCCAACUCCUUUCAGUUCACUCUGGAGGGAGAGCCCUUUCACAUCCUGGGGGGCUCUAUCCACUACUUCCGCGUCCCAAAAGCCUACUGGGAGGACUGGCUGCUGAAGAUGAGGGCCUGUGGGGUCAACACUCUCACCACAUAUGUGCCAUGGAACCUUCAUGAGCAAAAGAGAGUGGUUUUAAAGGCGUACAUCAGCCUAGCAGCAGAGUUGGGGCUCUGGUUUAUUCUGCGGGCAGGACCCUACAUCUGUGCUGAGUGGGACUUAGGAGGGAUGCCCAGUUGGUUGCUGUGUGAUCCAGACAUGAAGUUGAGAACAACCUACCCAGAUUUCACAGAAGCAGUUGACUCCUUUGAUCAACUCAUUCCAAGAGUUGCACCAUAUCAGUUCUCCAAGGGGGGCCCAAUUAUAGCAGUUCAAGUGGAGAACGAGUGUGGCUCUUAUGCAAAAGAUGUUGAAAAGAGCCCCAGAAGUUCAAGAUGGUGAUGGGGUAUUGGUCUGGGUGGUCUGACCUCUGGGGUGACCUUCACCAUGUUUUUGCUGCUGAGGGUAAGUCAUAUUUCCUCAAGCAGUAGGAUCUCUUUGCCACACCGCAUGAGUCACACUCAAUAGAUUGGUCACAUGGUGCUUAGCAUAUGGUCAGUUCUCCUUUGUGGUAUAUUUCUGUCAGAGAUGAAUAUGCUUUCCAUGUGUGCUUGUUUCCAAGCCAAGCAUCAUAAACCAGAGUUGGUCUUUAUUCCCCCUAAAAUUCAAUUAAGAUGCACGUAGUCAAUUUCAGCUGAACCGAGCUGUCUUUUGUAUACUGUUUUAUACUGUGUUAUGCUUUUGUACUGUCCUUCAGUGUCUAGAACAGGGCUCUCCAACCCUGUUCCUGGUGAGCUACCGUCCUGUAGUUUUCACUCCAACCCUAAUCUAGCACACCUGAUUCUAAUAAUUAGUUGAUUGAUAAUCUGAACCAGGUUAGUUACAACUGGGGUUGGAGCGAAGACAUACAGGAAGGUAGCUCUCUAGGAACAGGGUUGGACACCCCUGGUCUAGAACCUUAAAAAUAAAUAGAAACUGCAAAGCCCCUAUUGUUAACCUACAUGCACUGUACAUGUGUGCAGCUUGUUAGAUAAGAGUGACUCAGCCCCUCUCAGAAGGGAACAGUACAGUAUGUGAAAGGGCCACUGACUAACCAUUUAAUACACACACACACACACACACCAAUCACAUAACACUGUAGCCACUGCUAGCUUUGAGAUACUGUGGCCAUAUAUUACACAUUACAUGAUGGUGAAUCCUUUAAAAAAAAGCUUAAUUUUCAAGAUCCUCUCAUUAGACAAUGCAUCACUGCAGUAAAUACUUGUCAGUUGUCACACAGCUUGGCACACAGUUGUAGAUGUGUAUUAAUGUCAUGAAGAUUCUCCAGACUGUCCUUAUGUUGAACAACAGCCACUGAUAACUCUGGUCCUCAGGCCUGGUUUUGUCCUCCUUUCAUUGCCAUCAGCAUCCAUGUCUAUCUCGCACAUGCAGGAUGCUAAUCAAGUCGUGCUCUGUCACUCCAUGCUUGUUAUUCAUUAUCCCGCUGUCCUUGAUUUAAAUCAGUAAAGUAAAGCUCAAUUUGAAUGUCUAAUUAAACACGUCAUUAUGUCCUAUGACAGGGGUUCCCAAACUUUUUCACUCGGGGGUGGGGGUUUUGAGUUUAUUUCCUGAAAAUCUACACAUUUUGUCAUGGGGUGUAAAGAACAUUUAUCAGUUUUUGACAGACAUUUUAUUGAAAUUCUAUACAUUUAGUAAAGUAUGUGCAUUCAAGUGAUAUUUGAGUGACAAAAAAAUUACAACAAUAUCUAUGGGCAAAAAAAGCAACAACAAAAAACAUUAGCUUCUUGGGCUAGUUGAUCUGGACAUUUCUGACAAAUUAUAAAUAGCUCUCUAAGGUAUGCAAUGACUAACAGGACAAAAUAAACUGCUGAUGAACUACCCAAUUUCGAAUUUGCACCUUGUGAUUUCUAUUAAUGACUUUCAAGAGUAAGUUUAAAGACGGACUGAGUUCCUUGAAAAAACACACCCCACAGUUGGGAACCACUGUUCUAUGCAAUAUGUGUAGCUAAUCAGUAUGGUGAAGGAGGUGAUUUUGAAUGGGGAUCUGGUUGUCCCUACAAUGAGUUAUAGUUAAAUGUAACAAGGUGUGGCAGGGUUUUAAUCCAUAUUGCAAUUGAACUGAACACUUAUCUCCCUCACUAGCUUUAAGCACCAGCUGUUAGAGCAGCUCACAGAUUACUGCACCUGUACAUAGCCCACCUAUAAUUUAACCCAAACAACUACCUCUCCCCCAACUGUAUUUAUUUAUUUAUUUAGCUCCUUUGCACCCCAUUAUUUCUAUCUCUACCUUGCACAUUAUUCCACUGCAAAUCUACCAUUCCAGUGUUUUACUUGUUAUAUUGUAUUUACUUCGCCACCAUGGCCUUUUUUUUGUUGCCUUUACCUCCCUUAUCUCACCUCAUUUGCUCACAUUGUAAAUAUACUUACUUUUCAACUGUAUUAUUGACUGUAUGUUUGUUUUACUCCAUGUGUAACUCUGUGUUGUUGUAUGUGUCGAACUGCUUUGCUUUAUCUUGGCCAGGUCGCAAACUUGUUCUCAACUUGCCUACCUGGUUAAAUAAAGGUUAAAUAAAAAUAUGGGCAAUAGGAUGCUUGGAACGAG